GUGCAAUCACAACUGUCAAAAAUUGAAUACCGCUUUUGUCGAAUCAUUAUCAUUUAACACUUUUUGGUACAUUUACAACUUUUAAUAAGCGUAUAAUUAAAAAAAAUGGCUCGUAGAUAUGAUACCAGGACUACAAUUUUUUCACCUGAAGGGAGACUCUAUCAGGUUGAAUAUGCUAUGGAAGCUAUUAGUCAUGCAGGUACUUGUUUGGGUAUUUUAGCAAAUGAUGGUAUCUUAUUAGCAGCGGAGCGUCGUAACACCAAUAAACUCCUUGAUGAAGUCUUUUCAUCUGAAAAAAUUUAUAAACUCAAUGAAGAUAUGGUAUGUAGCGUAGCUGGAAUUACAUCCGAUGCAAAUGUAUUAACCAACGAACUUCGUUUAAUUGGGCAAAGAUAUUUGUUCCAAUAUGGAGAAUCAAUCCCUUGCGAACAAUUAGUUUCUUGGUUGUGCGAUGUUAAACAAGCUUAUACACAAUACGGUGGUAAACGACCUUUUGGUGUUUCAAUUUUGUAUAUGGGAUGGGAUAAACAUUACGGAUAUCAAUUGUACCAAUCCGAUCCAAGUGGAAAUUACAGUGGAUGGAAAGCCACUUGUAUUGGUAAUAAUAGUUCAGCUGCUGUGUCUAGUUUAAAACAAGAAUAUAAAGAGGGCGACAUGACCUUAAAAGAUGCUAAAUCCUUGGCUAUUAAAGUUUUAAGCAAAACUCUCGAUAUGACCAAAUUAACUUCUGAAAAGAUUGAAAUGGCCACUUUGAAAAGAGAUGAUAAUAAAACUGUCAUUCAUAUUCUCACCAGUAAGGAAGUAGAGCAGUUAAUUAGCGAACAUGAGCAAGCUGAAGCUGCUGUGGAAGCUGCCAAGAAAGCAGAAAAACAAAAAUCUUAAACUUGAUUAUAUGCUCUUAUGGGAUUUAAUUUUUAUAUAAGUUAAUAAAAUAAUCAUUUUGUGUUUCUCUAUAAUAUGGUUAA